GUUUGUCAAGCCUCUGUUUGAACUACAACAACCACCAGCCCUGCUCCGCGCUCACUGCGCAUGACCUAACCGAAGCGAGACGUGCAGAUCGCAGUGGAAAGUGACCCCAGCUGUUGUUGUCAUGGAGCCAGCCUGGCGACAUCACGGCAGGGGUCGCGGCCGAGGCGACGGAGGUCAAAGGUCACGACCCCAGCCAAAAGAGAGAGAGCGUCCUGGAGCAGAGAGGGUGAACGACAAGAAGAGCCCAACACAAACUCCAGAAGCAGCUGUGUCAGUGGAGUCGCGUUUCGAAGAGAUCAGGAAGUCGAAUCUUGCUGCUGCUCAGCGAUUGGUCGAGAGCGGCUUUAGCUCCUCCUCCUCUGAUGAAGAUGAUGAUGAAGAUGUGGAGAGUAAAGAUGGAAAGAGAGGCCAGAUCCUGGCUUCGACUUUUACCUCAUACAACCAACAAACAGGAGGGGACAGCGCUGGUUUGCAGAGGACUGGACAAUAUCUGAAUGAACUCUUUCAGUCUGGAGCUCUCACCUGUCUCAUCUGCAUCGGCUCCGUCAAGAGAACUCAGCCGGUGUGGAGCUGCUCUGGUUGUUUCUCUCUCUUCCAUCUCCCCUGUGUUCAGAAAUGGGCUCGGGACUCUGUGUUUCUGGUUUCUUCCGUCACAGAUGAGGAUUUCGGACAGAAGCAGCUGCCCUGGCCCUGUCCCAAAUGCAGAGCAGAGUAUCCUCCCAGUGCCACUCCAAACAGGUACCUGUGUUACUGUGGGAAAGUGCAGGACCCCCCUUCAGACCCGUGGCUCGUUCCUCACUCUUGUGGCUCCAUUUGUGAAAAAAAACUGAAGCCAAACUGUGGUCACACCUGCCUGCUGCUCUGUCACCCAGGUCCCUGUCCUCCGUGUCCAAAGAUGGUGUCAGUUACAUGUCUGUGCGGAAAAGCCAAACCUCUGCCCCGACGUUGCAGCAACAAGCCCUGGUCGUGUCAGCAGGUCUGUGCUAAAGUCCUUCCUUGUAAACAGCACACCUGCUCCCAGCUCUGCCACUCGGAGUGCCAGCCCUGCCCGCGGGUGAGUGUGCAGCGCUGUGAGUGCGGACGAGAGAGGAAAGAGAGGCCCUGUGCAGAGCCGCUGUGGAACUGUACACAGGUGUGUGGGCAUCCUCUCUCCUGCGGGAACCACACGUGUGAGGAGGUGUGCCACAGCGCCCCCUGUCCUCCGUGUCCUCGCGCCGUCAACAGGACCUGCCCCUGUGGCAAAACCAAGAGCUCGGCGGGUUGUGCGGAGGAGGUGCUGCCCUGUGGAGACACCUGUGAUCGACCUUUGACCUGCGGCAAGCACACCUGCUCCAGGAGGUGUCACCGCGGCAACUGUGACACCUGCCGACAGGAGGUGGAGAAGGAGUGCCGUUGUGGAAAACACCGGAAGCUGAUGCCGUGUCAUAAAGAAUAUCUGUGUGACUCAAAAUGCUCAAAGACACGAAGCUGCCAGAGACACCAGUGCAGACGCAAGUGCUGUCCUGGAGAGUGUCCUCCCUGUGAUCAGAGCUGUGGGCGUUCUUUGGGCUGUAGGAACCACAAGUGCCCCUCUGUCUGCCACCAAGGAGCGUGCUACCCCUGCCCUGAGACUGUGAAAGUGAGCUGCUCCUGUGGACAGACCGUCCUGGUGGUGCCCUGUGGGAGAGAGAGGAACACCAAGCCCCCCAGGUGUAAACAGCUCUGCAGACGCCCUCCUGAGUGCCAGCACCCAUCCCUCCAGCCUCACCGCUGUCACCCAGGUCCCUGCCCGCCCUGUGCCCUGCCCUGUGCCCGGCCUCUGAAGGGUUGUGAACACCAGUGCCCCCAGCCCUGUCACGACCGCGUCCUGGUGCAGUCACAACAGGUGCAGUUGGCUGGACCCUGGGAGCAGCCGUCAAAACCAGCGUUUGAGAAGAAGGCUCUGCCCUGUCCCCCCUGCCAAGUCCCUAUCCCAACGUCGUGUUUUGGAGAACACGAGGUGAGUCCUGUUCCGUGUCACCGCCGUGGCCCCUUCUCCUGCGGACGACAGUGUGGACGACCUUUGACCUGCACCAACCACCGCUGCAGCCGUGAGUGCCAUCAGGUCACCCCCAGCAACAAGUGUGAGGAGUGUGAGUUGGGCUGCUCUAAACCACGUCCCCCCGGUUGCCCUCACCCCUGCCCCAGGUCGUGCCACAGCGCCCCCUGCCCUCCGUGCUCUCAAACUGUCCGCCAACGCUGCCACUGCAAGAUCAGUAGCCUCUACAUCCCCUGCAUAGAGUGGACUUCAGCAGAUGACGAGACAAAGACCAAACUGACUUCCUGCAAUAACCAGUGUCCCAAAGAGCUGAGCUGUGGCCAUCGCUGCAGACUGCUGUGUCAUCCUGGAGACUGUGGAGCUCAGUGCGUGCACAAGGUCAAACUGCGCUGCCCCUGCAGGAGGAUCAAGAAGGAGGUGCAGUGUCACCUGUCAGCCCAGAGCAAUCUCCAGUGUGAUGACACCUGUAAAGAACAACAGAGGAAGGUCACACAGGUGAAGGAGGCGGAGCUUAAAGCGGCUCAGGAGGAGGAGCUUCGCAAACAACAGGAGGAGCUUGAAGCUUUCGAGCGCCGUCUUAAAGGAGCGGGUCGGCGAAACAAGCGCAAGAGAAAAGGGGAGGAGUCUGGUGACGAGGGGCGGGGCUUGUGGGCCAGACGAGGCCUCUCAUUGGUCCUGUUGUCAGUGGGAGGAGCUCUGCUGGCUGCCGCCUACUUUUACCUGACGAAUAACUGAAGACAGCAGCCAAUCAGAACGCAGAAGACGUGGAAGCAACCAGUCAGAAGCUGUCUUUGGUUUACGAGUAUUUGCCUGUCAGUUUAAACUUUUAAAAUGACCAUGAACCAAACCAAAAUCUUAAGAGGGAAUGCCCAGUGUUCAGGACAAGUUUAACCCAGAGCUAUUUAAGACUGGGUCAAAUGCAGAGAACAAAUUUCUUAAUAAUGAAUCCAAGUUUCCCUUAAACAGCCUUCAGUAUUUUGGGCUGUAUUUCUGAUCUAUGUUAUAAUGUUUCCAAACCCUGCAUAUUUUUUUGAGAGUUCUUUUCUCAAACAGAAAACACUCUGUUCCACCUUGUGAUGUCAUGUGGUAAAACUGGAAGUAGUUUUUUUUUUUUUUCCCCAUACAUCUUUACUGUAAUAAUUUUGAUCAUUUCAGCCUAGGACUUGCCAAUCUCUUAUGAACUAAAGGUGAAAGCAGCUGUUCACUUGAAAACUACCAAUACAUGACAUCAUAAGGUGAAACAGAGCAUUUUGAGCUUUGGAUAUGUAAACAGAUUAAUAAUACAGAAGUACUCAGAUGUGUGAAUGAAACAAAGCACAGCUCCAGGUUUGUUUUUUUAUAAAGAAACAACAUUAUAACAUAGAUAUAAACAUAGAUAUAAAGUAAAUUUUGUGUAAUAUAGGACCUUUAAAUGUUUAGUCUCUGAAUAUUUUGGUACUGAUGUUCAUAUAAUUUCAAAUAGCAACAUUAAAGCUCCACUGCAUAACAUUUCAGCCAAUACAUAAACAUUAAAGAGACAGUUCGGAAUUUUGGACAUAGGACCUCAUUUCCUAGUGAGCCAGAGUGUUGGAGACGUGUGGAGACACUUUUUUUAAAUAUUCCAUUCAGUCCUUGUAUUUGCAGAGGUCACUGGUGCUAGACUAGUGCAAGUCAAUGGCUACUGUUAGCCUGCCACUAAAACUCUCCACAAAACACCCGAAACAAAUCUAUUAUUACACCAGACUGUCCAUGUAAAUGUCCGUGUCAAUAGAAUCAUUUUAGAAGUAAAACCAACCUUGCAUUUGAAGGAUUUAUGUCUGAGUAGCAGCAGUGAGUUGUACUUCCUGAUAGAAAGCUUGGCAGCAGCGGACUGAUAUAUGAGAAAAUAGUCCCUCAACAUGCGACGAUUCGUCAGAUACAAGGUUAGUUUUAUUUCUAACAUUAUUCUAUUGACACAGACAUUCACAUGGACAGUCUGGUGUAAUAAUAGAUUUGCCUUGGUUACACUGUGGAGUGGGUAAGACUGUUUUUAGUGGCAAGCUAAUUAAGGCCAUUAACUUGUGCUAGCCUAGCACCAACAACCUCUACAAAUACAAGGACUGGAUGGAUUAUUUCCAAAAGUGUCUCCACACAUCUACAGCACUGUAGCUCACUACGAAAUGAGGCCCUAUGUCCAAAAUUCCGAACUGUUCCUGUAAACUAAAGUAAAUGCAUGUCUUUAAUUACUGGUGUUUUUAAUGAAAUAUAAUAUAUUAUUGACAAACCUGCAUCUUUAAUGUAAGCGGACUCACCUAUCCACAGACCUUACUUGGCAAUGUGAUGGAAUGGGCACUACUUGCUCGUGUCCAUGGAAAUGUGAUCGCUUUGCCUGCAAUGUUCCACAGUAGGGCUUUAACUUAUCCAUCUUUGCUGCUGAAUCUCCUCACACUAAAAAUCCACCUCUUAUUGGUUGUGUUUUAUUAUGGGAUGCUAAUUUGAAAGAAAAUGUAGAAAUAAUGAUCUUAUUAUUGUCAUCUUCUUAAUCUGGAUUGGUAAAACUGGAACUGGAGUUUGAAAUGAAAUGUUGUAAAAUGAUAAAUAAAUGCAUUUGACUCAAAA